CAUCGCUCACACCAUUCACACCACUGAUCACUGGAUCCGAUGGACCACUCACUGCAGGCCAGCGACCAGUCCUUCGACGCGAUCGCCACUAACAUUGUGUUUGACAAACAAAUACCUGUUUAUGGCUACCAAUCGAAGGAUCAGUUGAUGAAAAGGGAGCGACAAUUGUCUAAAUUCUUCAAAUGCUGUCCAAACGCGGCCACCGAUGACCACAACAAUGGCACCAAUGAGUGCUUCUUCGCCACUAACGACGCCAAAGAGUUUGAGCAACACUUACAGCGCUGUCACCAAAAGGUUUGCUGUAUUUAUUGUCUUCUCGAGAGUCGUCUCCGAAGCGGUGACUCCGGAGCCGACGUCGAGCUCGAAGUGGAUGUCUUUGAGACCACAGAUUGUCAGUCACUCAUCGAUCAUAUGAUUCAAACCCAUGGAAAGCGUGUCUAUCAAUGCAAUCGAUGUCUGUUUCGGGCCAUCACUUGCGGCCACAUUCAGAUGCAUCAGAUCUCAAGACAUACUCACAUCUGGUCUGAACACAACUCUAAGCUUAAGAUUGAUUCGUUGGAAGAGCUAAAUGAAGACAUUUGUAAGAUAAUUGUCUGUAAAGACAUCGACACCGGUUCAAUAGUGGAACCGUUGUCUUGGAUCUCGAAAUUGUCACCCGAUUUGGACACACUUUUAGACGACGAUAAGUCUUACUGUCUUUACUGUGAUUUUAAUGACAAACAAAUGGUGAAUGUAUUGAUUCAUUGUCAUGAAAGACAUCCCGACUUCGCAAUCAGUGUCUAUAAUAAAGAGUUGGAAGAUAUCUAUGCCUUGAACGACGAGAUUAGUGACGAAUCAGAUGCGGUGGCCGUCGUCUCAGACGAUGACAGCAGCGAUACUAGCGAUUCGGACGUCGAGUGCGAGGCAAACACUGGUCCCAAACCGGCGACCGUUCCGUUUAAGACUCAGUGCACCACUGAAUGCAUGCCUGAUAUACCGGGCCUUUCCGACGAUUUCUUGGCUCCGCGACAACUGCCAACUAAACGAAGGCUUCCCUUCGGCGGCAAUAGAAGGCCUCCUAAACCGUAUAACGAAUACACUGAAUAUCGUCCGCCAGUGGCCACACCUAAUGUCUCACAAUUCGCGUCCAUUCCCGACACAUUUGAUAUGGAUUUUUCCCGUCCCAUAACACCCAUUACUCCCAUUCCUCUGACAUCCACUCCUGUGAACAGAGUUCCGAUACAACAUAUUAAUCAUAUUAUCAAUAAAUCAACGAAUAAAAAAUCGCCCAAAAAGUUUGUAGACCACGACUCGCCUAAACCACAGGACCCGCCACUACUAACCGGCUAUAGAGCCCAUAAACUUCAGAAAUACGGAACAUUACACGUGCCGAACAAACGUAAAAACAAACACAAAAACAAACACAACUCAACGCCAAACAAUCCUUCGACAAUCUCUACCGAUGAGAUCACUUCCGAGAACGUGAUUGACAUCGGCAUGAUUUACGGGGAUUUACAUUCGGGUUCCGAUGACGAAACGUCCACAAGAACUCCCUCUUUUAAAGUGAUUAAAAGAGUUGGCGUUCAGACGCCUAAAGGCAAGUCCAAGACUCCGGCCUUCACUUAUGUGCCGCGAAGAGACGAGUCCGACGAUUACGUGAAUCUCGUCAAUGAGGCUCCGGUUCCGAAGCGGGGACUGAAAGCUCGGUUUGAAAAUCAGCAUCACUUCCAACUCAUUAUACCCGGCGUUUCCGACCAAAAGCUUAAACACAUGUAUAAAUGCGUUCUCUGUCCACACGCGGCUCCCUUUCAUCAGACCAAUCGAGUCAAUCACUUACGCACCGAACAUAACAGCGACUCUUCGUUUAAGUGCGGUUACUGUCAUUUCAUUGGAUCGCGCGAUGCGAUCAAAGAGCACUCAAAAGUAUCGCAUCCGAGUCUAUCCGUAUCCAUCCAUACGUUUAUUAUAUCUGUAGAACAAACGUCUUCUAUAGGACUCACAAAUGAGGCGAGUAUUAAGAAGUUAACGGCCAGAAAGAGCACUGCUUUGAGCACUGGAUUAGUGUCGAAGGGAGGGAAGGGAGCGCUCACUCAGAAGAUACUCAACACUAAUUAUGUUGAUUUGGGUCCAGUCGGCAGCGACCGAAUGGGCAGAAAGCGGUCAAUUGCUAGCGCCGAGAGUCAGCCUUUUAGCCGAGUUCACAAUCGAUCGACACAUUCCUCGAAUAUUAAGCGCAAGAAAUUGGAGUCAAAUAAUGACAUGGAAUUUGAAGAGAAUGAAGAUUCAGAUGAUAUGCAACUCAACGACGAAUCCGAUUCAAUGCAAUCAGACGUUGAGAGCGACGCUAACCCACAACCAGAUCCUGUUUUCUCCUCUGGCGAUGAAGAUAUCGAAGAAGUGUUUUCGCCGAAGAAGCAGACAGUGGCGCGCAAAUCGACGGCUAAGCCGUGUUCUCAGUCGUUGAACGAGUCAAUGAUCGCCAAACCAUUAGAAGAAUCGGAGAUUCCGCCAAAGUUUUUGUGCGUGUUUUGCGACGAAGGCUUCGUUAUAAACGACAAAUGGGAAGCCAUUGAACACUAUAAGAGUCAUUUGGGUCUCGGCUACUCCUGCUCUCAGUGCCACUUCAAAUGCGUUGCCUAUAACUCGAUGGAAAAUCACUGGCAUAGUGUCCAUAAGAGCGAUGACAUGGACUUCGUUGAUAACAUGACAGAAGAGAUUCGGUCGUGGAUUAUA